AUGCGAAUCAUUUUGUGGCUAUUUACACUAGCAUCAGUAGCAGCUACAACAGACCAAUUGAAUUCGCGCCCUUCCAUUCAGCCACGUGGGCGUAUAGACUCACUGUCAAGUUCCUACGACGGAGGAGAAACAUGGAGCAGCAUGGAACUGCCGAAUUUUACAUCAACAGACGCAACGGAUGACGAUGUCUCAAAUUCAAUCUUCAUGGACCCAGCAAACGACUCACAUUACGGGAAAGAGAUAGGCAUACACUGGGCUGGCUUUGAUCCAGAACGAUCACGCGAUGCAUAUUUAGUGGAAGAUUGUGAUGACGAUCUCUCUAAUAAGGAGAGGUUGAGGAGAGCAGAGCAGUUACUUAAAGAUCGAGCAGCAUCAGCUGCAGCAACGGGCAGAGAGCGCCCUCCUAAGUCUAAAGCUAAGAAAGCAGCAGCUAGCAGUGACAAAAAGAAAGAAUCAACAGUGAAAGCCAGUAAAGAGACAAACUCAGCACAGGCAUCAAAGGCACAAGCAUCAAAAGCACAGGCUUCAAAGUCACAAGCAUCAAAAGCACAGGCUUCAAAGAUACAGGCUUCAAAGUCACAAGCUUCAAAAGGUCAGCCUUCAAAGGCAUAUGAUUCAUGGUCAGAGUAUUCAACACCAGUAGACCCAAACGAGCUGUCUGCCAGGCUAAUGGCUUUACAAGAAGAUACGCCGUCAUCUAAAACGUACACAGCAUAUUCUAAACCAGCACCAACUAUGUCAUAUGCUAAAAUAAGUAAGGCACCAUCUGCUUCAGCUGUGUCUGUUUCAACGCAGACCACCUCAGAGUACAGUGCAUCAGUCCCUAGUAGUAGUGCACCAAUGACAACCACUUCGGUUUAUACUGCACCAACCACUACUACUUCAGCAUACACUGCACCAAUUUCACCUAGCAAGGCAUAUUCCACUUCAGUCUAUACUGCACCAACGACAACUACUUCAGUGUACAGUACACCAUUGACAACCACUUCAGUGUACACUGCACCAACGCAGACUACUUCAGUGCCAUAUGGUGCAGGAUACUCCACUGCGGGAUACACUGCACCAGUGACAACUAUGCCAUCGCAGCCAAGGACACUGAAUACUACACCAUUGCUAACCACUUCAGGAUACACUGCACCAAGAACAGCGCCACUUUCUAACCCAAGCCAGAACCAGGCACAGUUCCAGCCCAGCAAUAGGUCUGCACCAGUAAGUCAGACCCGCAUGUCAGGCGCAGCUAACAACAGGAACUCAUUUAUGCCCAUGAAUGCUGCGGAUGAAGAGGAUGAAUACACCUGGGACUCAGUGGAGCAGGACUAUGUGCCUGUGUUCUACUCAGACUCAACGGAUGAAGUGAAACCCGAAAUGACCCCCAAUGAGAGGCUUAUGGAGCUGCUAAAUGAUAAGAGUUUGUUGAAGUUAACUAAUAACAGCGGGUUCAACCCACUGUCUAGUCGUAAUAGUUCUCUACUAGACGGAGUACAUGGAGAUAUUGCAGUGCCAAUUGUUGACAGCAAUGGGUUUGUAACCACUUUAGACAGCCAGCCGUACUUCCCUGCAUACAGUGCUCCAAUUGGGUACGUUAGUGAUGUGUAUGAAGACCCAAAUACAGAAUCAGCUAUUCUUAGAAAUAUCAUUGCAGAUAUUAUGAUGGACUCAGACUCAAAUGCACUGGAUGAUCUGCUCAGUGAGACUGUGCGUAUUCGAGAGGAAGCACUGAAGGACGAGCUCACUAUUAAGGAGGGGCGGUACAUUGGCUCCUUCUCCUUUACUUUUGAUGGAGGGCCGACUGAGAACACUCUUGAGCUGCUGAGAAUCCUGAAGAAGUACAAGAAGGUCUGUGGGUUCUAUCUUGACCCGUUCAAAAUAACAAAAGAGUCCAUUCCCAUUGUCACCCAGAUACUAAAGGACGGGCACAUAGUUGGAAUAUCUAUUCAAAGCGACGUGUCCCUGACAGAUGUGACCAUGGAGGAGGCAAGAAAGAAGAUAUCCACCCAUGUGGAGAGAUACAAGAAGAUGAUCGGCGUAAUGCCAUCCUCUGCUCGCCUGCCAAGACUUGGCUACUACUCUGAUGACAUUGAGUACUGCAUGGAGCUAGGGAUGUAUGUCUGUGAGCCAACAUACGAUGUGUUUGACUUUGCAGACCCAGAGUUUAUUAGCACUCUAAGUGACGCACUCACAAGUGAAGUGUACUCCCCAAAGACAGACAGCAUGAUAUUUGUACUGCGAGAUAAGUACUCGUACACAGUGUCCAGCAUUGAGAAGAUGAUUCGGCUGCUUAUCUCCCACGGCUUUAAGUACAUGGACUACAACCUGAACACUGGUCUUAGCUCGGUUGCUACAGAUAGUAAGAAGGAGGGUGCACGGAGAGUGGCUAGGAGUAAAGACAAAAACCUUCUUUCUAUGAAUGAGGAGGUGGACAGGCCCUCUACUCAGAAGGUGGUUGAAUCGAUCAAGCAGCUUGCAAGGAACGAGAAGAAGGACAGUGGAAUAGUAACAUCUGAUACUGAGACUUCUUCUUCUGUUAUUAGCACAGGUGCGGGAAAUAUUAUGCUGAAGGUUCUUUGUUUAGGAGGUGUUCUUUUUAUUGUGGCUUUCUUUAUAUAA